AUGGGGUCAGCACCCAUUCCUUCUCUCUUCAACCUGGAGGUGCACUGGGUUUCCCAUGCCUGUGAUGCCGAACUUGUCACCCCCUCAGCUCAAUUGUCCAGAAGUUCCCUGUCAAACGCAUGGAGGACAGUGCUGCCUCUGAUCCUCACUCUGGCAGGGCUUGUCACAGCUGGAGCCACCUGUCUCUACCAGAAAUGUCAGAAAGACAGGAAUAUGGGGCAGCUGGAAGAAGAGAGACUGUAUAGAGCAGAGGAGCAGCACUCCCAAGGCUGGACAGAGGACAAGGUGAUCUAUGUGAGCCCAUCCCUGGACCCUGAUACUGCAAGCCCAAAACUCGCUCUGUCUGAGGAUGGGAAGAGUGUGAGGCGGCUGUUCUUUGACCAGGAGCUGCCAGAUGUCCCCAGCAGAUUUGACAAGGACCCCUGUGUAUUGGCACAGGAACAGUUCUCUGCUGGGAGGUAUUAUUGGGAGGUCCAGGUGGGACAGAGGAAGGCCUGGAAUGUGGGCGUCUGUCUGGAGAGCUUGGAUCGGAAAGGAAGGAUCCCAAAGGCUCCCCAGCAUGGACUCUGGGCCCUGGAGCUCUACAAGAAGACAUUCUGGGCCCUCGCUUUCCCAAGGGUCCACCUGCACCCUUCAGAGCCCCUACAUCAGGUGGGUAUUCUCCUGGACUAUGAUGCUGGCAGAGUCUCCUUCUACAACGUUGGCAAUGGAUCCCUCAUCUACUCAUUCUCUGGACUCUCCUUCUCAGAGCCCCUGAGGCCAUUCUUCUGCCUCUGGACACACGACCCUAUCCCCCUGAUCAUCUACUUAGAAUGCCAGCUCCCCGAGGCCAUGGGCCCUCCUCAGAGCCAAGGACAGGAGAGGGUGGGGACCCUCCUCCAACAAGACCCAUGAUCUCUUUGCUCUAGCCUGUCAUAGAUUUGGGGGAGACAUGUCCAUUCUACAUGCCAGCUAGACCUAUACAAAAGUGCAUCUUUCUGAGUUAUACUGUCUUAUCUUCAUUUUCCUUCCCUGUGGAAUACUGACAAUAUAUUAUGGGCUGAAUCAUACACUCUCAAAUGUACAUU